UCAUCUCAUCUCCACCUUCAACGCAACCCCUCCCCCCAUCUCUGUCUCAUUGAUCAUUAGUACUUUUUAAGUUUUUUUAAUUCAAACUGCAAAAAUUGUAAUUUUCCAUAUAAGGAAGAGAGAGAGAAAGAGAGAGAGAGAGAGAGAAAACCAUUCAUAAACUCUUCUUCAUCAUCUCUACCGAAAAAGAAAAAAAAAAACUCUUCAUCAUCAUCAGCAUCAUCAUCAGCCAUCACCAGUUUGGCCUCCAUUUCAGUGCUUCUCUUUCCCCUGACCUGAACCAAACUCUCUCCACCCCUCAAACCUAUCCACAACCAAUUCUUCAUCUCCAUCCUUAAUCUGAGGAAUAUUUAAUGGAGUGCAUGGCGGCCGCCUUGAAACCGAGCCUCCGCGGCGAGAUGGUUGCGUCGGCUUACCUGAUGGGCCAGCACUCAGCCAGAGAGGACAGCUGGUUUGCGGGCCUUGGCGGCGGAGUGACGGCUGUUGCCGGGGAAGACUUCUCGGUGGACGACCUCCUUGACUUCUCCAAUGGAGAGCUCGAAGGAGGAGAAGAAGGGGAGGAGAAGGAAUCUCUCUCUGUUUCUUCCGCCGACGGCAUAGACGACGACAACAACUCGAAUUCCGGCAGCUUCUCUUGUACUGGCUCUUCAGAUGAUUCCGAGUCUAUUUUGGCCGGCGGGUUAGCCGUCCCGGAUGAUGACAUAGCCCAGCUAGAAUGGGUAUCACGCUUUGUGGAUGAUUCCCUCUCGGAAUUCCCUCUCCUUUACCCUACCCCAAAGUGGAAAACAGAGAACGAUGUCUCCAAAAUCCGGUUCCAACCGGUUUUCCUAAAACCGCCCCGUUUUCCGUCUCCCGUUCCAGUCAAAACCCGGAGCAAACGGCCAAGGACUGCAAAGCAGCCAUCGACGUCGCCUCAGCUGUCGGAGUCAUCAUCAACAUCCUCAUGCUCUACAUGGUCCUCCUCAAGCAUGGAGUGCUUGUUGACUAUUCCGCGAAGACCGGAGGGAAAACGAAUUAAGAAGACAAAACAUACGGUUCAAACCGGUUCGGUCUUAUUCCAGAGGAAGUGCAGCCAUUGUGGUGUCCAGAAGACCCCGCAGUGGAGGGCUGGCCCAUUGGGAGCUAAGACACUGUGCAAUGCGUGUGGAGUCCGUUACAAGUCCGGCCGACUUUUCCCCGAAUACAGGCCGGCCUGUAGCCCAACAUUCUCGGUCGAGAUUCAUUCAAACAGCCAUCGGAAAGUGUUGGAGAUGAGGCGUAAGAAGGACGUGGCUUGAAGAGAGGGUGAGUUGAACCAGACGGUCCCGGAGUUCUGCAUGGUCUAAUUUUAGCUCAAACCGGACGCCAACAAUAAAGGUAGAAACUGAUUCGAGCAUUUUAAAAUGAUUGAAACUCUGUAACGAUAAACAUAAGAGAUUUUUUUUGGAGGGUUAGUGAUUCGUUUAGAUCUUAGAAUUGACAUUACUGCUAAUCAAAGGGAGAAUUAGGGUUUAAAAGGUAGUCGAAGGCGAUAUUGUUCGUAGUUUCAGUCAGUAUUUCUAAUGUUUGCUGGAGGUUAAUCAAAGACUAGCUCAGGGCUUAUGCAAUACCAAAAAAGAAUGCUUCUGUCAUCUAUA